UAUAUAUAAUGGACGAAAUCGCCUACAGUACAUACCAUUAGCCAUCGCUGCCCAGUUUUUAAAGAAAGAUCAAAGACUAAAGAAGAAUUGCAUAUUGAAGUUCUUCUUGUACUUGCUUUGAUCUUGACAAUCCAAUUCACAACAUUAUCUUUUCAUUUGCUUUAAUUUUAUAAUACUUACGUGCUUGCACUUGCAUUUGCACUGCACACCUAGAUAACACUUUUGUACCCAACUCGAAAUUUUCUGCGAGAAAAAAAAGUUUAAUCCUUUGUUUUUCUCUGUCUUUUGUCAUAUCCUGCUAGCGAAAUUCGUUUUAUAGAUUUCUUUCUCUCUUGAAGUUUUAGAGCAUUCUUUCUAAUAUGAAGAUCUUUGGUUCAGGAUUUUUCUCUGCUCUUGCAGGGCUCAGUUUGAUGGCUUCUUCUGCUAUGGCUGCUCCCGUAAUCCACUCGAAUGAUUUAGAGAAUAUUCAUGCUGGUAUUCGUCCCGAAGUUGCAGACUUCAUUAAAAGUGAUAGCAACAUCGUUCACGAAAAAGCCAAGCCCAAGCAGCAUGCUCCCACCGCUCACAAUGGAGCCAAUUCUGCUCCUCUUUUGUCUGCCACCAAUGCCAACACUGCUGGUUUGGAGUCUCAUUACAUUAUCAUUUUGGACUCUUCUAUCAGUGAACAAGAAUUGCACGAACAUACUUCUUGGGUGGAAGGUGUCCACCAAGAGAAUGUCAUGCAAGCAAACUCCUACUAUGGUCCCGAAGACAGCAACUACAUGUUUGGUUUGAAGCACGUCUACGACUUUGGCGAAAGUGCUUUCAAGGGUUACGCUGGUCAAUUCAGCGCUGAUGUCGUUGAACAAAUCCGUCUUCAUCCUCAUGUUAUUGCAGUUGAACGCGACCAAGUUGUAAACAUCAAGGACAAGGUCACUCAAUCCGGUGCUCCUUGGGGUCUUUCCCGCGUUUCCCACCGUGCCCACUUGACUUCUGAGACCAACGGCAAGUAUGUCUACGACAGCUCUGCUGGUGAAGGUGUCACUGCUUAUGUUGUUGACACCGGUGUCAAUGUUCACCAUGUCGAAUUUGAAGGCCGUGCUAAGUGGGGUAAGACCAUCCCUGCUCACGAUGCUGAUGAAGAUGGCAAUGGUCACGGUACUCAUGUUGCUGGUACUAUUGCUAGCCGUGCUUAUGGUGUAGCUAAGAAGGCCAAGAUUAUCGCAGUGAAGGUUCUCCGUUCCAACGGUUCCGGUAGUAUGUCUGAUGUUAUUUCUGGUGUCGAGUGGACCGUCAAGGAUCACCUUGCUCAAUCCAAGAGUGGCAAGAAGACUGCCGUUGCUAACAUGUCUCUUGGUGGUGGCAGCAGCUUCGUUUUGGACUUUGCUGUCGACUCUGCCGUCAAGAAGGGUAUCUUGUAUGCCGUUGCUGCUGGUAACGAAUACGAUGAUGCUUGCUAUUCUUCUCCCGCUGCUUCCAAAUUGGCCAUCACCGUUGCUGCUUCCAACGUCAAUGACCAACUUGCUUACUUCUCCAACUAUGGUAAGUGUGUUGACAUUAUCGCUCCUGGUGUCAACAUUUUGUCUACUUGGAUUGGUUCCAACAACCACAACACCAACACUAUCUCUGGUACUUCCAUGGCCACUCCCCACGUUGCUGGUUUGGCUGCUUACUACCUUGGAUUACACCCCGAUGCUAGCUCCACUGAUGUUAAGAGUGCUCUUAUAAAGGAAUCUACUAAGAAUGCCAUUAACCUUUUCGGUGACCAAGACACUCCAAACCUCCUUGGUUACAACGGUGCUUAAAUUGUGAGCAUUCAAUUUUUAAUGAACUAACAUUAUUGCUUAUGAAUUAAAUGAGCCUGUUGGAAUGUAACGGUUAUGUUUUUGUGAUUAAUCGUUCACUAACGAUGGUAACUAAUGUAUCUAUAUUAUAACACACACACGCACACACACUUUUUUUUAUGAUCUAUAAAUUGUUAUGAAUAUUUUUAUUGACAUAAUGUGAAUAAUGAUAAUGCUCAUAACGUAUGCUUAGAGUUUAUUUUAAUUUUAAAAUCAACAAUACAAUUCGUUUAUAAUUUUUUAUAAUCCUUGUUGUAUGUGAUAUGGCAUGCUAAUAUUGCGGAUAUAUAUCGUUA